GGGGUAUAAAAGGAGCCUGAGAGGCAGAUGAGCACCGGAGUCCGGCGGGCGCCCAUGAUCUCGGUGAGGAGGAUGCUGCAGCGAGCCUGGAGAGGGUCUGUCCGGAGCGCCUCCCCCCUGCCCAAGUGCGCGGAGAGGUGGGCUGAGGGCGAAAGCACCGCGCUGAAGACGCUGGACGACAUGCCAGGACCGUCGCUGCUCGGCUCCUUUUGGGAAUUGUUCCCGCGCCGGGGGCUGACAAGGAUGCACCAGCUACAGCUGGAGGGCCUGCAGCUCUACGGCCCCAUGUGGAAGGCCCACUUCGGCCCCAUCCUGACGGUCCACGUGGCCCAACCGGCCCUCACCGAGCAGGUGCUGAGACAGGAGGGGAUGUACCCCUGCCGCUCGGACCUGUCCUCCUGGAAGGACUACCGCAAGCUGAGAGGUCACCACUAUGGACUGUUGACCUCAGAAGGAGAGGAGUGGCAGGAGGUGAGGAGCCUGCUGAGUAAGCACAUGCUGAGACCCAAGGCGGUGGCAGUUUACGACAAAACCCUCAACGGCGUGGUCAGCGACCUCAUCGCCAAACUCCGCCUGCGCAGACUCCCCGGGGGCCUGGUCACCGACGUGGCCCAGGACUUCUACUUCUUCGGCCUGGAGGGAGUCUCCUCGGUGUUGUUUGAAUCCAGGAUCGGCUGCCUGAAUCCGGUGGUCCCGGAGGAAACGAAACACUUCAUCCGGUCCAUCAACAGCUUGUUCGUGCUGACGCUGCCCACCAUGGCCAUGCCAAGAUGGCUGCACUGGUUCUUCCCCAUACCCUGGAGACUCUUCUGCAAGUCCUGGGACAACGUGUUUAAAUUUGCUAAAGGUCACAUUGACAAGCAGCUAAAGGACAAGGCGAACAACCACGGCGAGGGAAAAGUGGAGGGCCACUGCCUGGCCUACCACAUGUCCCAGACGGCGCUGCCCAUGGAGACCGUUUACAGCAACAUCACCGAGCUGCUGCUGGCAGGCGUCGACACGAUCUCCAACACCUUGUCCUGGUCACUGUACGAGUUGUCCCGGCACCCCGAGAUGCAGGCCUCACUGCGCCAGGAAAUCCUGGCGGUCCUGGAGGGCAAGGCCGUGCCCGAGGCGGCGGAUGUAGCGCGCAUGCCUCUCCUGAAGGCUACGAUCAAAGAAGUGCUCAGGUUGUACCCGGUCAUCCCUGCCAACGCCCGAGUCAACGUCGAGAGGGACAUCCAGGUCGGAGGCUACCUCAUUCCUAAGAACACUCUGAUCACCCUGUGCCAAUUUGCCACGUCCCGGGACCCCUCUGUGUUCCCCAGUCCCAAUGACUUCCUGCCACGCCGAUGGUUGAACAAGGGGAAGACUCAUCAUCCUUACGCCUCGGUGCCUUUCGGGGUGGGCAAACGGAGCUGCAUCGGGCGGCGGAUCGCUGAGUUGGAGCUUUACCUCGCUCUUGCCAGGAUCCUGCUGGAGUUUGACGUGAGGCCGGAUCCAGAGGGGGGUUCUGUGAUGCCCAAGACCCGUACGCUGCUUGUUCCUGCAAAAGUCAUCAACCUGCAGUUUGUUGAACGAUGACCCACUCCUGCCCGCGUUACGUGAAGGUGACCACCAGGAGGUCACCUGCUGGUCGAGCUGAGGCCUGUGGAGCAGACUCCACUUGCUCUUUAUGCCCUGAAUGUUUUUAUUACAGUUGGACAUGCCAAGUCUUUUAUUACAUCCCAUGAUGCAACGGUGCUGAGGAGUGAUGUUCCCUCUGGUCCUCUUGAAGCAAACAUGUGGUGUGUGAGCAUCAUGGAGCAAAGUGUUAGUACAGGGAUGUCAAAGUGGUUUUCAUUAAGGGCCACAUGGGAGUUAUGGCUGCCAUCAGAGGGCCGCUUGUAACAGUGAAUAAUGUAUGAAUUUGCCUCUGGAUUUCAUUAUUAAUUAUAUGAAUUGUUUUAAGUACACUGUCCAUUUUACAGUAAAAACUUUACAUUUACAAAAUUUUACUGUAGAAUUUUUUUUUUUUUUUCAUUUUUAACAACAUUUUACGAUAAAUGGAAAAACAGUACGACUGUUUUUUAGUGGGGUUUUUACGGAAAAAGCUGGCAGCUUAGUUGCCAGAAUUUGUGUGUUGAAUUGACAUUGUUUUUAUAACAUGAUAUUGUUCAUGGAAAAACAGUACAAGUUUUUUUUAAAUUCUGGCAACUUAGCUGCCAGUUUUUUUUACCGUAAAAACAAAUGCACCGUCUUUCCAUUUACAGUAACACACCGUUAAAAACAACAACCGUAGAUUUUACAGUCAAAAACUGGCAGCUCCGUCAACAGAAUUUUAACGCAAAAAAACAGAAGUAGUUUUUUCCGAUUUACAGUAACAUGCUGUAAAGAACGGCGUAACAUUUAUUGUCAUUUUUAUUAAUUUGAUGGGUUGUUUUCUGUAAAGUUAAGUAUUUUUAUUUAGACAAAAACAUGUUUGGAAAGUAUGAUAAUAUACUGAAAUAUUUGUUGCAAUAUUGGAUACUAUUAAAGUUUAAAAGGCAUGCAAUUUCAAGCAGUACAUAUAUUUUUUCUGUCAAAAUGAAAAAAAUUAAUGACAUUUAGUGAGAAAAUAAGUACUUUAUUGACACAUAUCAUUUACAGGUGUUUGUGGGCCAGAUAAAAUGAUGUGGCGGGCCAGAUCUGGCCCCCGGGCCUUGAGUUUGACACCUGUGUCUUAGUAGAUCUUUAGUGGCCAUUAUAUCUUCUACUCUGUAUUUAUUCUCAAAUAAUGUGAAACUAUAAUUGUCAUUAAAAGCGGGGUCACUUCUUA